AUGUUUAAGGGCUACCUACGAGCAUCCCCUUCAAUAGCUGUAGUAACCAUCAGCUGUCAGCAGGUUUACCUGUCUAUGUCUGCUUACUUCGAUCAGGAUGAUGUGACAUUGAAGAACUUAGCCAAGUUUUUCCGGGAUCAGUCCCACGAGGAGCGGGAGCAUGUGGAGAAAAUGAUAAAAUUCCAAAACCAACUUGGAGGAUGUGUUAUUCUCCAGGACAUUUCAAAACCUGACCAAGACAAGUGGAGCAAUGGCCCUGAGGCUCUGCGGUGUGUCCUUUACCUGGAAAAGACCGUCAACCAGUCUCCCCUGGAGCUCCACAAACUUGCUGCUAACAAGAAUGACCCUCAUAUGUGCGACUUCUUGGAAACCCACUACUAUGAGCAGGUGGAGGCCAUAAAGAAGCUUGGCGACAUGAUCACCAAUCUGAUUCACAUGGGGGAGCCCCAUAACGGCAUGGCCGAGUACCUGUUUGACAAGCAUACACUGGGCGAGAGCAGCUAA